GGCUCUGCGCAGCUGCGCACCUUCCCUGCCCCAACCGCGCCUGAGGAGCGGCGGCCGGCUGUGAGCGCCUGAGGACUCGUUUGAGGGCCCACGAUGCACACACACGCGGGAUAACCUAAGGUCGCGAAGGAGCUUAGCGACGCUUGCACGGUUCUCCAGCAGCGAGCGGCCGGCGCUCCCGUGGAACGAGCUCGCACUUGGCAGUCGCGCGUGUAGUCCAGGCUUCCUCCUCCUGGCUCCCCAACCCUCAGGACAAAGGCUGCGGUGUCGGCCACGCAACUAGGGAUCCCAGCAGUAGAAAGAAGCGUGGGCAGGGGUCGCCUCGCCUGACCCGGGUGUCAGCACUGGGGACUCGAGGGUGCAGGAAUGGUGCUGCGGAAGGAUGCUUCUGGGGAAAUGAGCGGCGCUUCACCCUGACUCCAAGCAGACCUGCAGGGCUGGAUGCUGUGAACCAGGUUUGUGACCAGGACACACCAAAACUGGCUGGCGGAAUGCUGGAUACCCAAGUUGGGAAGGAAAGAGGAGGGAAGUUUGGAAGGGGGCCCACCAACCCCAAGUACCUUCAAGAGGAACUGCCACAUGAAAACAUUCCCACACCCAGGUGAGCAUCUUCUUCACCUCAUUACCGACUCCUUGGGCAGUGACCCAGGAGAGAUUCUACCCAGAGCCAAACCAUAAGGACCCAGCUCUUCAUGACUUCAUGCGGACUCCAUCAUGAGAAAACCUGUGAAUGCCACUUCCUCCCAUUCCUCUUCCUCUGGACAGGCCCUCCCUCGUGGUCCUCGCUUCCAAGGGCAGCCUCCACCAUGAUUCCAGCACCCGCUGGAUGGCCCUGACUUCUGAUUUUGGCACUGAGAAAACAACACGGCCAGAAUGUGUUUCCUUCCCUUGAGGAGCUCAUUUUCUAGGAAGAAAGACAGACACCUAAAAACUUGAGGUCAUGCUGAAAGUACCCUUACAGGGGUGUGGACAAGGCCUUACAGGUGCAGAGAGAAGCACUCACCUGACUGUACUGGGGUUGGAGGAAGGAGUCCUCACAGAGUAAAAGUUUUUACUUCUACAGCCCAUGACUGCUUUCUGGAUGCAACACAUCCCGUGGAAAAAGUGGCUGCUGGAAAGGCAGCCUCCUCUUCCUUGCUCCUUCCCCAAAUUGUAAGGGAGGAGUCAAAGGCUUCCUGCUUGCCCAGUGAGCAUCUCGGACCCUUCGAAGGGCAGACCGUGUGUGAUUUUGUACAAAGUCCUGCACCCUCUGGGAGUGAAUCCCCUUCUACGAUCUCUGCAUAGAUGCUGGAGGCAGCAUGGCUAACUUGUGCAAACGUGUAUGUGACUUGGGAGGAAGCCUGGGAAUACCUGACCCGACUUGGGGAAGAGCCCUGCCAGGUGGCACCUCCAUGGAACUCCCGCCCUCUGCUGGCUCUCUGCUGCUUCCUGUUUCCCUCUCAGCAACCCCAGCCUCCAGGUCCCAGGAGGCUGGCAGCUUCUGCUUCCUCUCUCUUGAAAUACUUUUGGGAGGCUUUUGCCGCCCUCGAAGGAGUCCAGCUAUCCUGCCGGAGAGAUCCCAUGGAGAGGGUCAAGGACAGGCCCUGAGACCACAUGGAGAGAGAGAGAAGCCCAGACCCAGCCCUCCCAGCAUGCCAGUCAACUGCCAGCUGACUUGCAACCACAUAAGGAACCCCGCGUGAUGAAAGCAGAAACACUCCCAGCAGAGCCUAAUCAGCCCACAGAACUGAGCUCCGAGAGAUACCAGGCUCUCAGGGCAUCGGGAGGGAAGGAGAUGUAAGAGAAGGGAGCUGCAGGAGAGCGGAAAGGAAAGAAAAGGAGGAGCCGAAGAGCAACCAGUUGCCUUGAACAGAGCAGAGUGUCUGUGUGUCAGAGUGUCAACAUCACUCCCGCUCAGCGCCAUGGAUAUCAUAUUUGGCAGAAAUAAAAAGGAGCAGCUGGAACCUGUGAGGGCCAAAGUGACAGGCAGGAUUCCCACAUGGCUGCAGGGCACCCUGCUCUGCAAUGGGCCUGGAAUGCACACAGUGGGGGACUGGUUUGAUGGCCUGGCCUUGCUCCACAGCUUCACAAUUAGAGAUGGUGAAGUCUAUUACAGGAGCAAAUACCUGAGAAGUGAUACCUACAAUGCCAACAUCAAGGCCAACAGGAUUGUGGUGUCAGAGUUUGGAACGAUGGCCUAUCUAGACCCCUGCAAAAACAUAUUUUCCAAAGCAUUCACAUACUUGUCCCAUACCAUCCCCGAUUUCACAGACAACUGCCUGAUUAACAUCAUGAAGUGUGGAGAAGACGUCUAUGCGACCGCAGAGACCAAUUACAUCAGGAAAAUCAACCCACAGACUCUGGAAACCCGGAGAAGGUACCAACUGGAGCAGCCCUACCUGGUGGCUAUCAUUUUGCAGGUUGAUUAUGGCAAAUAUGUGCCUGUAAAUCUGGCAACAGCACAUCCUCAUUAUGAUGCAGCCGGAAAUGUUCUUAAUAUGGGCACAUCCAUCAUGGACAAGGGGAAGACGAAAUAUGUGAUCUUUAAGAUCCCUGCCACUGUACCAGAGGACAAGAAGGGGAAGAACCCCUUGAAGCACAUGGAGGUGUUCUGCUCCAUCAUCUCCCCCUCCCUCCUCUCCCCGAGCUAUUACCACAGCUUCGGAGUCACUGAGAACCGCAUCGUUUUCCUCAAGCAGCCUUUCAAGCUAGAUAUCCUCAAAAUGUCAACUGCGUACAUCCGGGGAGUGAACUGGGCCUCCUGCCUGGCUUUCCACAAGGAGGACAAGACUUACAUUCACAUCAUCGACCAGAGGACCAGGAAGCCUGUGCCCACCAAGUUUUACACGGACCCCAUGGUGGUCUUUCAUCACGUCAACGCCUACGAGGAGGACGGCUGCCUUCUGUUUGACGUCGUCACCUACAAGGACAGCAGCCUUUACCCGCUCUUCUACUUGGCCAACCUGAACCAGGACUUUGAGGAGAACUGCAGGCUCACCUCCAUCCCCACCCUCAGGAGGUUCACCGUGCCCCUCAAUGUAGACAAGGGUGCAGAAGUGGGCUCAAAUUUAAUCAAAUUGGCAUCUACAACAGCAAGAGCCCUGAAGGAAAAAGAUGACCAGGUCUACUGCCAGCCGGAGUUGCUUUAUGAAGGCUUAGAACUGCCUCGGAUCAAUUAUGCUCACAACGGAAAGCCAUACCGCUAUGUCUUUGGUGCUGAAGUUCAGUGGAGCCCCAUCCCAACCAAGAUACUGAAAUACGAUGUUCUCUCAAAGUUCCUUAAAUGGGGACAGGAGCACUGCCGGCCAGCAGAACCCCCGUUGGUACCCACGCCAGGUGCCAAGGACGAGGACGAUGGGAUUAUCCUAUCAGCCAUCGUCUCUACCGAUCCCCAAAGGCUGCCUUUUCUGCUUAUUCUGGAUGCCAAAAGUUUUACAGAAUUGGCUCGUGCAUCCAUUGAUGUAGAGAUGCACCUGGAUCUCCAUGGGUUAUUCAUCCUGGACACAGACUGGGACAAGAGGAAGCAGGCCCCUUCCCAGGAAGAGCGGGACAGGGCUCCAGACUGCCUCGUGGCCCCUCAGAGACGACUGGGUUGGGGCCUGGGCCCUGGGCCCUGGGCAGAAUGGCGCCACUGGCAGGCUCCCACAGGACUCCAGGCUUGCUCCCUCUCUGAGUGAAGGGGAGGUCCUUCAUUUCGCUUUGCACUUAUUCUUUGUGUGACUGCUUUGAGACAAAGGUAUGGAAAUAGUGCUUGUCAGUAUCUUUUCUUUCAACUUAUUUUGGCUAUAAAAACCUUAUUUGAAAGUGGACCAAAUGUUUAUUGAUUAGCUCAAGCACUUCUAAGAAAGCCCUUUUCCUUUAUUAUAACGAUGGUGACCAGAAAUUGUAUUAAGUCACAUAAUCAUCCUUCUUAGAAUGGGCAACUACUGACAUCUCAGAGAAGAGACAAGUAAAUAUUUAUCGCUGCUCCUUCCUGCCACCCCUUCUCUCCCUCUUUCCAGUAAACUAGCUUGUGCAUCUAGGAGUUCUAACUUUCUCCACCAUGCCCUGUUAGUAAAUUGUGUGAUCAGGAAGGCAUGUUGCUUUGCGGUCAUUCCAUGCAAGGCAUGGCAUAAUUUAAAAUAAUAAAAACUUCAAAGUCUGUUCCAACGUUAUUUAAUUUUUGCAUGGCUUCUUUCCUCAAGUUCUUCUAUAGCAAUAAAAUAGAGGGGCUGGCCAGUUUGUAGCCUGUUAGAUGCCCCAUUGUACACCCAGUGGGACAGCAGGUUGGUGUGGGCAUCCCCCUUUGCAGGAGGGGGUGGGGGGCUGGACGCUGACCCAACUAGCCAUGGUCAGGGGGCUAGAAUCAAGGAUUGAGGCCCAGGCCUGGGCUGGUAUGAGGAGUUCUUGCUGAGAACUGGGGGAGUGAGCCAUGCCAGUAUCUGUGGUUUCCCAAGGAAAGUAGAUUCCCCAAAAUGAAUGUGCUGCCAGGAUGGGAUAGGUGUUUGCACAGAGAUGAAAGGAGGUUGGUGGUGGCAAUGGUGGAAGCUGGGAACAAGCCAAGAAGGGUCCCACAUGAGCACUGGGAACCCCCAUGGAUAGUUGAGUCUCACCUUUGUAGUCUAGUGGGUGCCUGAUUUAGCAACCCAAAGGCAGGCUGAAUAAUUCCAACAUGCCCAUGUCAUAGGGUCGGGGGAGCUGGGAGUCCACCCUCAUCCCGCACCUGCCUCCUGCCCUAAAUCUGGAUUUCAUUCGGUUAUUGGUAGGGAUUCAAUGACAUGUCUCGAAGACAGGAAGGAAUCUCUGGUGACACUGCAUGGAGUACCCCAGAGGGCAGACCUCUCAAGGAUGGUCUUGACUUUUGCCCUCUGGCCACCAUGAAGCCACACUUAGCUCCCACUCAAAUGGAGGCUCCAUCAGGUCUGGGGGUUGGGUUUUGUUUGGGGGGUGUUUUUUUGGACAUUUUUAUUGGAAUAAUUGUAGAUUCAUGUACAGUUCUAAGAAAUAAUACAAAAGAGAUCCUGCAUGGACUUUACCUGGUUUUCCCAAUAGUAGCAUUAUAGUACAGUAUUGCAACCAGGAGGAUCCUGACAUUGAUUCAAUCCACAGAUCUUUUUCAGAUCUCCCAGUUUUACUUGUACACAUUACUAUGUGUGUUUAGCUCUAUGCAAUUUUAUCAUAUGUGUAAAUUCCUAUAUCCACCACCACAGUCAAGAUGUUGGAUGGCACAUCAACACAAGGAUUCAUGUGGUGAUUUUUUUUUACCACUAUACCAACUUUCUCCCACCAUGACCCUCCCACCCCAUCCCUAGCCCCUGGCAAGCACCAUUUCUAAAAUUCUGUCCUUUCAAAACUGUUAUAUAAAUGGAAUCACCAGUAUUAACCUUUGAGGAUUGACGUUUCCUAGCAGAAUUGCUUGAAGAUUCAUCCAUGUUGUUCUGUGUUGGGUAUGUUUUUGUUUACUACUGUAUCCUCAGCACCUAGAACACUGCUUGGUGCA